AUGGCUACCCCUAGUGUCCUAGCUUUUGACGCGGAGGGUCGCGCCAUUGAUUUUGAGGUCUGGCUAGACGACCUGCAGCUGUUCUUACAGUGCGACAGAGCUGACGGUCUUUCUCUCUUUGACCUCACCUCUGGCGCCUCUCCUGCUCCUGCUGCCGAUGCUGAUCCCACUGUCCGCUCUCAGUGGGCCACCCGCGAUGCUGCUGCACGUCUUGCUGUGCGUCGCCACCUCCCUACCUCUGAGCGUGCGCACUUUAGUCAGUACAAGAGUGCUCAGACCUUGUACGACGCUGUAGUUGCGCGCUACUCCUCCCCUACCACUGCUGCACUGAGCCUCGCGCGCCUCCCUGACUCCCUUCGUGUAGUCAGGGACCACUUUCUCGCAGUCUGUCCCACCAAUCUCACCGUCGACCUCCUCGAGAAGGCCCUCCUCUCAGCUGAGAAGAGCAUAGUUGCUGUAGGGGCUUCUCGUGGUGACCCUCGCACCCCCAUCUUUGAGGGGUGCUCUCCUUCCCCCUUGCUGCCCUCUGUUGCCUCUGCUGCUGCUGCCGACCUGCUUGGUCUUGAGUCGGUCGGCGCGGCGUCUGCCCCUAUUGGGAGACGUUGCUCUAGCAAGGGCAAGGAGGGCAAGGGCGCGGGUGGAGCUGGAGGGAGCGGUGGAGGUGGCGGCGGUGGCGGCGGCAGGAGUGGGGGUGGCGGCGGGAGUAGUGGUGGUGGUGGUGGUGGUGGCAGCAGCGGCGGAGACGGUGGUGGUGGUGGCAGCGGUGGUGGAGGUGGCAGCGGCGGAGGUGGAGGCGGCGGAGGUGGAGGCGGUGGAGGCGGCGGCGGAGGAGCAGGAGGUGGUGGAGGGAGCGGAGCUGGUCGGGGUAGUACCCAGAAGCGUAGCAGCGGUGGUGGUGGCCAGCGCUCGCAGCGGCAGCAGCAGCAGCGCUCGCGGGACAUCCCUCCGCACCAGCAGCUUCGUGAGUGGUACGCUGGGCGUCAGAGGGGUGGGGGUACUGGUCCCUGCACCUACGUUCUUCGUUCCGGGGACCGCGCGGGUGAGCAGUGUGGGGGUGCCCACGCCACUCAGCGCUGCUUUGGCCGCCUGACAGACGCUUGGCGUCAGCAGUUCCCCGGGGCUAGUGAGAUCCCUCGUUGGGAUGAGCUCCUUAGGGCUGGUGUAGCGAUCUUUGAUCUUGAUUUUGAUGCUAUCCUUGCUGCUAUGUAUGCUGUGACUUAUAGUGAGGAGAAUGAGGGUUACCGGUGUUUCCAGCCCGACCCGGGCAUUGGUACUGCUGCGCUAGGUGCUUGUGACGCUGCUGCUCUAGGUGCCAGUGCGUCUGCGCUCUCAGGUACUGGUGAGGCUGCGCUUUCAGGUACUGAGUCGCCCUCGUCCUCCCUCACUUUCACACUUGACUCCGGAGCUUCUCGCUCCUUCUUUCGAGACCGCACUACCCUUACGCCUCUUGGCCGACCGGUUGCGGUCUCCCUUGCUGACCCUUCUGGGGGCCCUGUCCUGUCUCACUUCUCCACUGUCCUCCCGUGUCCGGCUGCCCCUUCGGGCACUCUGUCUGGUCUGUACCUUCCCUCGUUCUCUACGAACUUGGUGAGUGGAGCAGCCCUACAGGAUGCGGGGGUUCACCAGUUCACUCCUGCGAGUCAGCGGGUGACCCAUUGCACGGACGCACGCACAGGCCGACACCUGGCCACCUUCUCGCGUCGGCCGGGGUCGAGUCUCUACACCCUGACCACUUCAUCUCCUCCUGUCCCUGCGUCCGGUCAGGUAGCUGCGUCAGGUCAGGUGCUUGCUGCUGCGUCCCGGUCAGGACCUUCCUGUGUCCCCUGUGUCGAGGGUCGCCUCCGGGCUACUCCUCACUCCUCCCACUUCCCCCCGACAGAGGCUCCCCUGCAGACGCUUCACAUGGAUGUGUGGGGCCCGGCCCCCGUCCGUGGGCAGGGUUACGAGCGCUACUUCCUGUUGGUGGUUGACGACUACUCGCGUUACACCACAGUCCUCCCCUUGCCCAGCAAGGGUGCGGUCACUGAGGUGCUGAUCGACUGGAUCCGCGAGGCUCGUCUCCAGCUUAGGAAGAGCUUCGGCUCGGACUUUCCUGUUCUGCGUCUGCACUCGGACAGAGGCGGAGAGUUCUCCUCUCGCCUUCUGCGAGACUACUGUCGUGCACGGGGGAUCCGCCAAGCCUUCACGCUUCCGGACUCUCCACAGCAAAAUGGGAUUGCUGAGCGCCGCAUUGGCAUGGUCAUGGAUGUCGCUCGUACGUCCAUGAUGCAUGCGGCUGGACCCCAUUUUCUGCGGCCGUUUGCGGUGAGGUACGCGGCGCAUCAGCUCAACCUUCACCCCCGGGGAUCUCGGGCGUUUGUCCGCGACUUGUCUGCGGACAAGCUGUCCCCUCGUGCUGCUCCCUGUGUCUUCCUUGGCUUCCCCACUGACGCCCCAGGGUGGCAGUUUUACCUCCCCUCCUCUCGUCGUGUUCUGUCCUCCCAGGACGUCACGUUCGACGAGUCAGUCCCCUUCUACCGUCUCUUCCCCUACCGCACUCCUUCCCUCCCCCCUCCCCCGGACUUCCUUGUGCCGGUUCCCCCCCCGGUAGACCCCCUCCCCCCUCAGGUUCCUGCCCCCUCAGGUGUGUCCCAGGUAGACGCCGUUGACCCGGUCGAGGUUACUGGUGACUCUGGUGCUGCUGCGGGUGCUGAGCCUGGGGGUGCUGACUCUGGGGGUGCUGUGCGUGGGGGUGCUGAGCCUGAGGGUGCUGGGCCUGGGGGUGCUACUGCGGAGGGUGCGGAGCCUGGGGGUGCUGAGCCGGGGGGUGCUGUACCUGGAGGUGCUGGGUCUGGGGGUGCUGGGUCGGGAGCUGCUGAGCCUGGGGGUGCUGAGCUGGGAGCUGCUGAGCCUGGGGGUGCUGCGUCUGGAGCUGCUGAGCCUGGGGUUUCUCCUGCUGCGCCUCGCCGGGAGCCCCUCUCUCCACAGGAGCUGCGCGAGUGGUUUGCUCGCCGCUGGAGGCGUGCUGCUGAGUCUGGGGGUGCUGCUGGAGCUGGAGCGGGUGCUUUUUCGACCGUCGAGGGUGCGGGUGCUGCUGGUCCCGGAGCUGCUGGGCCUGCGGGUCCUCCUGGAGCUGGAGCUGCUGAGGGUGUUGGUGCUGAGACUACUGCUGUUGGUCCUGUCGCUGGAGGAGUGGGUGGCGCUGGUGCUGUCGCUCAGGGUACUGGUGCUGUCCCUGCUGCGACUGGAGCUGCCGCGCGGCCUCGGUGGUACUUCGUUCCGCUUCUGCAGCAGGUUCUUGGUCUUUCUCCUUCAGUCGAGGGUCCUCCGCCUGUCCAGUCGCAGUCCCUACUGGAGCCUUCCUCUCCACUACCUGCUCCCUCUCCUUACACUGGUCCUACUGGAGGUCUUGCUGAGCGUCGUGAGCCUGCGUCUCGUCCCGCGUCGCCUGUUCGUGCUGCUCGCGCUAGUGGUCGCAGUUCGCGUCAGCGUCCUCCUCCUGUCCCUGGCACGCACCGGAUGUCUUUGCGUCCGUCCACUGCUCCCCUGCGUGCCCCUUUGCCUUCUCCUCCUGAGUCCUCUCUUCCUGCGCUUGCCGACCCUGAGUCGGACUCUCUUCGUGCUGCCAGUCCUACUGUCACGCGUCUGCUUGCUACUGUCGUCACUGACCCCUCUUUUGAGUCCACUGCUGCGUCUGCUCUAGUCGCUGAGCUCGUUGACUUUGCUGCUCGCUGUCGUCUCGACUACGCUGCUAGUCUUAUUGCUGAGUCUGCGUCUGUCUGUCCUCCGUCCGUCGGGGGUGAGUGUGCUCUUGGCACGGACGUCCUAGAGGACAGGCAAGAGGAGUUACAGUGUCUAGCGGCUGCUUCACCUCAUCUCGCGUCUGUACUGCUUGCCCCUGAGGGAGACCCAGAUCCACUAGACAUCCCGACUCCGCGUUCUUACGCGGAGGCCGUAGAGGGUCCCUACUCCUCUCAGUGGCAGGCAGCUAUGGAUGCAGAGAUGGCUUCCUGGAAGUCCACAGGCACCUACGUUGACCCGGUUCCCCCUCCUGGGGCGAACAUCGUCAGUGGCAUGUGGAUCUUCAGGGUGAAGCGGUCGCCGGGCUCUCCACCUGUCUUCAAGGCGCGGUACGUUGCUCGUGGCUUCAGUCAGCGGCAGGGAGUUGACUACUUUCAGACCUUCUCUCCCACCCCGAAGAUGACCACUCUUCGGGUGCUGCUGCACAUAGCCGCUCAGCGCGACUACGAGCUUCACUCUCUCGACUUCAGCACUGCGUUCCUGCAGGGUAGCCUGCACGAGGAGAUCUGGCUGCGCCGUCCGCCUGGCUUCACUGGGACUUUCCCUCCUGGGACCCAGUGGAGCCUCCGACAGCCAGUCUACGGUCUCCGCCAGGCAGCGCGUGAGUGGCACGACACACUGAGGACUACGCUUGCGGCUCUUGGGUUUGCUCCUUCUACUGCUGACCCGUCGCUGUUUCUACGCACCGAUAGUUCCCUGCCGCCGUUCUACAUCCUCGUGUACGUCGACGACUUGGUCUUUGCCACAGCGGACACUGCUGGACUCGCCUACGUGAAGUCCGAGCUGCUGAAGAGACACACGUGCACAGACCUGGGUGAACUGCGCAGCUACCUUGGCUUGCAGAUCACUCGGGACAGAGCACGCCGCACCAUUACCUUGACUCAGUCACACAUGGUGCAGCAGGUCUUUCAGCGCUUCGGCUUCACGUACUCCUCGCCUCAGGCCACUCCUCUGCCUACUCGCCACUCACUCUCAGCUCUGCCUUCGGAUGAGUCCGUAGAGUCGAGUGGUCCGUAUGCAGAGCUUGUUGGCUGCCUCAUGUACCUCAUGACCUGCACACGACCUGACCUUGCAUACCCUCUGAGCAUUCUUGCACGCUAUGUUGCUCCUGGGAGACACCGACCAGAGCACAUGGCUGCAGCGAAGAGGGUAUUGCGCUACCUGUGCAGUACGUCGGGCAUGGGGCUAGUGCUUGGAGGGCGGAGUCCAGUGGUCCUUACAGGCCACGCGGACGCUUCUUGGGCUGACGACCAGGCUACGCAGCGGUCUUGUGAGGCUGAGAUCUACGCCGGGGCCAUGGCUGCACAGGAGCUUCGCUGGCUCACCUACCUGCUGACUGACCUUGGAGAGCCGCCUCGUUCUCCUCCAGUGCUGUACGUAGACAACAUGGCCAUGCUGGCCUUGUGUCGAGAGCAGCGCUUGGAGCACAGAACGAAGCACAUUGCUCUCCGCUACUUCCUUGCUCGUGAGCUGCAGCAGCGUGGUCAGUUGCGACUUGCGUACGUGGCCUCUGAGGCCAACACUGCUGAUGUGUUCACCAAGGCACUCGCGCCUUGUGACCAUCAGCGUUUUUGCACCCAGCUGGGUCUUGUGCCUGUCUUGCCUCACUUGCUCUCCUCUUGA